AUGGUUAGGACUAGAGGUUUAGGUCGUGCCUUAGGUAGGGUUAUUGGCAGAGCUCUAGGGAGAGAGGAUCGUCAUGAUUCAGAUGAUGCUCUCCAGCGGCGAAGGCCUACAGCAUCAAAACGUAGGCAAUGGGAAGCUGCCCCUGUUGUCGAGGAUGAGCCUGUGGUAGCUGCAGAGGAGCCUGUGGUAGCUAUAGACGUACAUGCACCUGGUGCAGACACAGCUGAUGAUGUUGAGGGAUUUCCAGGUGGGCCGCGUGACCCAUUAGUGCUUACAGAGUAUGCUGACCAUGUUGCAAUCAGCUGUUUGUUCCUUUAUACUUCAAUUCAUGACCGUCCUGAAUUGAAGUUAUCCUUCCAUGAGAGGAAGGUGCAAAAAUUUGGUAGGCCUACUUCUGAGAUUGAGGGCCUAGUUGUUGCCAUGAGACUAAGUCCUUUGAUUGCAUGUUCAGUAGACACUGGCGAUUGGGGACUUAUAUCCGCGUUCGUGGAGAGGUGGCACAGGGAAACUAGUAGAUUCCAUCUUUCCGUGGGGGAGGUUAGCAUCACCCUCGAUGAUGUGGCAUCUCUGCUUCAUCUUCCCAUUGUUGGCGCCUUCCAUACCUUCAAGCCUCUGCACGUCGACGAGGUCGUGUUGAUGUUGGUGGAGUUACUAGAGGUCUCUGGAGAGGCAGCCAGGGCCGAGACAGCACAGUGCCAUGGACCAUAUAGUGCAACCCAUGUUCAUGUUGUCUUCUUAGACGCUCUGCGUGACUUGAGUCAGAGUGGGAGGUAUGCAUGGGGAGCUGCUGCCCUAGUGCAUAUGUACGAUCAUUUGAAUGAUGCUUGUAGGAGUAGCAGUCGACAGCUUGCUGCUUGCUGGUUACAUCACUCUCUUACAGUUACGGAGUGUAUGGUUGAUCCGGACUACGAUGAGGUGUCACCACAUGCAUAUCGGUGGAUAGCUACGAAGGCGAUUGUGAAGUCCAUAUCUAGAGCGAUGUACAGGCAGUGUCUGGAUCAACUCAGGAUUCCCAUCUCUGAUGGGAGCCCGUUGCCAUCAGACACCGACCAGAGAGGGUCAUGCGCCAGUUUGGAUACGUCUAGAGUCCCCGAGCCACCAACAACACUGACACAUGCCCGUUCUGAUGUGGACCGGACUAGACAUGCAGUGGAUGCUUGCCAUGCGAUCGCUGAAAGGUUGGAGCGUCUACUCAACCUUAGGAUAGUCAUGGUUGGCACAGAGACACACGAGGUCAUGGAACAAUGCAUCAAGAUUGCCAGGGGUGUCAUAGAAGACCACAUUGUGUAUGUGAGGUCUCGACGUAGGCGGCGCACGGAUUAG